AUGAAGUAUCUGGUCAAAGACUUUUUCUUUCUCUAUAAAGCUCUGGAAUCAUCAAUCUCUUCCAAUACCGCUCCGCCAUGAAUUGAUCAUCGAUUAAAUCUUCUAUGCACAUAUCUAGAUAAAUAAAAAUUUCCCUAGAAGGCGUGGUGUCUUUUGUGGUUUGGACAGAGUGCCAAACUGUUUGACAUAUUGCCCCAGAGAGAGAGAAAAAUGAGCAAGCGGCCUCCUCCCGAUCCUGUGGCUGUUCUCCGAGGCCACCGCGCUUCUGCUACGGAUGUUUGCUUCCAUCCAGUCAAGAACAUCCUUUUCAGCGGAUCCACUGAUGGGGAGCUGCGAAUUUGGGACACGUUGCAGCGUAGGACCAUUUCAUCAUCAUGGGUUCACAGUGCAGCUCAUGGCAUCAUCAGCAUUGCUGCUGCUGGUGAGAACAGACUGAUUAGUCAAGGAAGGGAUGGAGCUAUCAAGCUCUGGGACUUAGGAGAAGCUGGCCUGUCCAGAAGCCCUCUCACUACGAUUAAUACGAAUUCGUAUCACUUCUGCAAGCUCUCUGUAUUCGACAACCCCCAAGCCGAAAUUACGCCAACUGAAAAAGUAUCCAAGAAUCCCCACGAAACUGAGGUUGGCUCGAAGACUGGAGGGCGUAAUUAUGUUGCCACAGCUGGGGAAGACUUGUCUGUAGUUGAGAUUUGGGAUGUUAACACUGCUGAAAAGCUUGUGAAGCUGCCUCCGAGCUCAGUGGAUCGUUCUGCAAAGUCGAGAGGAAUGUGCAUGGCUGUUGGAGCCUUUUUGCCAUCUGAGUCGGAGGUUUAUGCACAUGUUGUUGCUGGGUUUGAGGAUGGAUCAAUGGUGUUAUGGGAUUUGAGAAAUCCUUCCUUGCCGGUGACUAGUGUGAAAUUUCACUCGGAGGCAGUCCUAAGCUUGUCUAUUGACAGUUCAUGUGGAGGAGGGGUUUCCGGAUCUGCUGAUGAGAAAAUUGUGACAUUUAGCUUGAAUCCUUCAAUGGGAUCGUGUUUGGUCAAGAAAGAAGUUAUUUUGGAGAGACCCGGUAUAGCAGGGACCUCCAUAAGGCCAGAUGGUAAGAUUUUCGCCACUGCUGGAUGGGAUCACAGGGUGAGGAUACAUGACUAUCGGAAAGGGAAUGCGUUGGCUAUACUGAAAUACCAUCACGCAAUUUGCAAUGCUGUCACAUUCUCAGCUAAUAGUAAACUGAUGGCUUCAUCUUCAGAAGAUGCCACUAUAGCGUUAUGGGAGCUUUAUCCUCCUAGAAAUUGACAUGCGCCUUUCUAUGAUUGAAACUGUGUUCUGCUGUUCUGGUGCUAAGUUUAAUUCAGCAAAAACGUCGGGAUGCAUGCCAAGAUGUUAUCAUGCCUCCUGUGUUCAGACAACAAAUCCUUGUAGAAAUCCGAUCGGCCUUUGUGAUAGUCUAUCCAUAUACAUAGUUGCCGUAUAGCCUCCCUCUUCUCCUUUACCUUCUCUCGGGAUGCCAAUAUCUCGGUUUCCUUGUCAUCAAGCUGAGCUAGCAAGCAGUCUAAAUCGUCUUUCAAGUGUGACAUGGAUCUGUUCUUCGUUGCUGCCCACUGUUUCACAGAGUUGAUCCCACGCGAGGC